AUGGAGCUUCUUCGGAGUCUUCAGACAUAUCAGCCAAAAAUCACAGGUUGGUUCUGCUUACAUGCGUUACAUGGAGAUUAUGGAACGUUGGGUACCGCGCUGCAGCGAUGUCAAGGCGGGGAAACUGGCUGCUUACGCUGCUGUGGACAACCACAUCCAGCUGAGAGAAUACGCCAGGAGAAGUUGAACAUUGUGUGCGUUCCUACGUCAUUCCAGGCUCGGCAGCUGAUUCUGCAGCAUGGCCUGUCUCUCUCCGAUUUAGACAGACACCCAGAUCUGGACGUAGCGAUCGAUGGAGCUGAUGAAGUGGAUGAUUCACUUACUCUUAUUAAAGGAGGCGGAGGAUGCUUGACUCAGGAGAAAAUCGUAGCUGGCUGUGCCAAACACUUCGUCGUCAUUGCUGACUUCAGGAAGGAUUCAAAGGCACUGGGGCAGCAGUGGAAGAAAGGCGUGCCGGUGGAAGUGGUUCCUAUGGCGUACGUGCCCGUGUCCAGGGCCAUCACCCGGCGCUUUGGUGGGGAAGCUGUGCUGAGGAUGGCGGUCAGUAAAGCGGGCCCUGUAGUGACCGAUAACAGCAACUUCAUCCUCGACUGGAAGUUUGAACGUGCUCAGAACUGGAAAGAAGUCAACACUGCCAUCAAAAUGAUCCCAGGUGUUGUGGAGACCGGACUGUUUGUGGGAAUGGCUGAGAGAGUUUACUUUGGGAUGGAGGAUGGAAGUGUGAAGGUCAGAGAUGCUCCAAUGAACUAA